AUGACAGAAUGCGAGCACUCACGAGUUGGUAGAGAAUUUUUAGACAGUGUUUCUUGGCCUAUUCUAUUGCGUAGACCAGCUCAUGAUCAAUGUUAUUGCCAUCAAUGUUAUUCAUCAGAUCUUCCAGAUACUCUUACCGUGGCCGGUUAUACAUAUGUCAUUCCACGUGGAUGGAGUCGCUUUGCUGUUUCAGUUGAUGAAGAUUUCUUCAAUCAUCAUAACGUAUGGAAAACAUGGCUAAAUUGUUAUCAUGGAACAAGUAUUGACAAUGCUAGAUCUUGUGUCGAACAUAGGCAACUAUUGUUACCCAAUGAUAUAACUAUGUACGGAAAGAAACUGGAAAUACGAGAAGAUCACAUCCCGGGAGAACAAUAUGUUUUUACAACACCAUCCAUCAAAUAUGCUGCGUUGGGUUGUUAUGGUCACACAUAUGACUUCCGAUCACCUCAUGAUUCAAAAUUGUAUACUAUAAAAGUAGUAUUACAAUGUAAACAGAAGCCUGAUUCAAUCAUAGUUCAACCAGAAACAGUUGGUGCAAGAGAAAGAGAAAUUAAAAUAUGUCCUCAUUUCCCAAAUGAAGUGUUAGAAUGGAAAACAAAACAUCGUUCGAGCGUUAUGAUCUAUGGACUAUUACUUCAAGUAAAGGGAGAGGAUGCAGAAGAUGAUUCGAAUUUAUCUCUAUGUCAAUCAAUAAACAUCACUGAAAAUCAACCUCAUGAAUCAAUCAUAAUUCCACCACAAUCAGCUUCAUCGAACGAAAAUGUUGAUAAUAAUCCAAAAUCAUCGCCGUCGAACGAAGCCAUUAAUAAUAAUUCAAAGCCAACGCGCUCAAUUGCAUCUACAUACAGAUCUAAAUGGGCGUCAAUGUCAAGAAAGCGAGCGGCACUCUUAAUUAUACUGGUCGUAUCCACCUUUCUACCAAUAGCUGCUCUUAUUAUUGGUCAAGUAUAUAAAAAUGAUUGUCCAAUGCAACCAUGGAUUCCUCGAUGGUUGAUUAUUUUUGGAGCUAUGGGCUUAGCUGGUUUUAGUUUGAUUUUCAUCACAAUGUCUAUAACGUUUCAACGUUGUUCUAAAGACACAGAAGUUGGAAAUGAUAUUGGUUCGUACAUGUUCUGUUUGCUAAUACUCUUCUUUCUCGCAUGGCUAAUAGCGGGAAGUGUAUGGAUAUUUCCAGCUAAUCUGGAAGUUCAAUUCAAUGAAACCAAUAAGAAAACCUACUGUCAUAAAACUCUGUACAAGUUUGCAUUCGGAUUAUCGCUUGUACAAUAUUCACUCAUUGGUGUUUUGGUAUGCUGCUGUCUGGGCAACGUGUUUUAG